AGCCCAAGGCAAUUAUGCGAUGCAUAAUUUUUUAGCAUCUCGUAUAGCGAGAGUUGAGGAUAUCGAUUCGUACAAUCGAGAGCGUCGAUAUUAAUCGAUUGUGGCGCACCUCUUUUCUCUCCGUGGCAGCACUUUUUCGCAUCUUCUGCACUCCGAAAGGGAGACAAGUGGUACGAUAAUCUCGGAGGAAGGAAGAUAGAAAAUCGCGAAUGAUUGCAAAUGCGGAAGGUGCAGCCGGGAGGAGCAGGUCUUACCAAUUAUAUAUAAGUGAUAGACGCAUCGUUUAACAAAAUCGCUGGAUGACCGAGCAAGGUUGAUCUUGGUUCUCAAGCUUGUUUCUUUAAAAAAUUCGUGACUGUCCGUGAUCUUUGUUUUCUAGUGCCCCGUUCGCGUUUCGAAUCACGUUUCGCUUGAAUCACUAUGAGUCAGUAACACCACUGGCUAGCGGCAUGCCGUCGCAGUCAUCGUUAUCAUCGUCCUCAUCGUCGUCGUUGUCGUUGUCAAGAGGUGGCAACCAAUCUUGGCUGAACUCCGAGAUAUGCUCUCCGUGGCAGUGACAAAUCCCGGCAAAGUUGUCGUCCUUGUCCGUAGCAAGUGAUCGAAUGAUGGAGAACCAGGACGAUCGGAUGGUCAGAGCGAACGGAAACGAUCCACAGACGAAGAUCAGCCGACUGGAAUCGGAGAAUGUCAAGAUACGUGAGGAGUUCAAUAUACAAAGGGCUAAGAUGAAGGAAUUAUUCCUUCAAAAAGAAGAGGAACUGAAGCGGAGGCUGGAGGAAAAUCUAGGCCUGCAAAAGGAAAAUCUAAGACUGAAGAAUGAACUGGAUGAAGCUAAGAGUCAACUUGUUGUUGCAGAUCUUAAAAUACAGAAUGACAUAAUGAUAGAGAAGAGGAAAGCUCAGGAAGAGAUUGCAUCUUUGCAACAAGUCAUACAUGAAACAGUAGAAGAAUCUUCCUGCUCAAGGAAGCAGCUUAUCAGUGAGGUAUCAAAAUUGCAAGUGGCGCUUUCUAAGCUUCAAGAAGAAAAUACGUUGCUGAAAACGCAAUUACCACGCGAUCCGCCGACAGACGGACCACAAAUCUCGUUGUCUACAGUAACUAAGACAUUAGCUAGAAAAGUGGUUUCGCAAUUAGGUGCGGAUUCCUUAUCUCUAGGCCCUGACAAUUUAGAAGAGAGUAUGAGGAAGGUAAAAAAAUAUGCGCAAGAAGACGCGGAAGUUUUACGUUCAUUAGUUGUUCCGCUCGAGGAGGAAAUAAAAGCUUUAAAAGAGAAACUAAGAUCAACCGACGACGAAUUACAAAAAUGUAAAGAAGUUCUGUUGAAGAGACCGCAGCAGCGAGAGCCUGGUUCUUUCGAGCCAUCGUGUGAUAUGUGUGCGAAUUACGAAGCACAAUUAGUUAAAGUAGAAGCGACUGCCAAGGAUUUGGAGAAGCAGCUGUUGGAUUCCCAACGCAUGCUACAGGCUCAAAGGGAGGAUCUAGCCAAGGAAGUUGAAUUUCGAAAGGAGAUGGAAGAAAAGUGGAAUGAGAAGAAGGAGGAGCAUAAAAUCAAAGUUGCGGAACUCACCGUUACCUCGCAGACGGCGCAACAGAAUUUAUUAGAGUUAAAGAAAACUUUCGAACAAAUUCAGAGGAGCAUGUCAGAGGAACUUUGUAAAUUGACACGAGGCAGGGAAGAUGUACAGAGACAUCUGACAGCACUUCAGAUGGAAAAUGAAAAUCUUGUGGGUAAAUAUAGCAAGCAUUCACAGCAACUUCAAAGUGAGAGCAUCAACAUGCCAAACACUGUCGAGGAAUUACAUAUGAGCCUUUUAAAGAUGCAUGAGGAUUUAAUUACAGCCAAAGUAGCACAAGAAGUUGCACAGGAGAAGGAAGAGACGCUGCGAUAUGAGGUUACUUUACUCAGAGAACAAAUGGAACAGGAGAGUAGGGUUAAAGAACAGGAUAAUGCUGUGUUAAAAAAUGAAAUAAGUGGUUUGAGAGUACAAUUAGACAAAUACAUAAGAGAUCAUCGUACGCUCGCUGAUAGAGAAGAGAAACUUGAACGGUUGGAAAAACAGCUACAGGAAAUCCAAAAAGAAAAAAAAGAUGGAGAUCUAGCUAUAACUGAAUUACGACAAAGAGUUAUGAGUCUGCAGCAAGAAUUAGAUACCAGUGAGGCAGUGCAGAAAGACUUUGUUAGAUUAUCACAAUCAUUGCAGGUACAACUUGAAAGGAUUAGGCAGGCAGGUAGUGAAGUUAGAUGGCAACACGAAGAGGAUAUUGAAGAAUGUCCUAGUUGCCACACUACGUUUUCAGUCACGAAAAAGAAGAUACAUUGCCGUCACUGUGGCCAUAUAUUUUGUCAAUCUUGCCUCUCACACGUUGUGAACAGUGGGCCGAAACAAAGACCAUCCAGAGUCUGUGAUGUUUGUCAUACUUUAUUAGUGCAAGAUACGGCACCAUACUUCAGCCAAGAACCUCCACAUACACCUGAUUAAAUGUUCUAAAAUUAUGGGAUUCCAACAAAGUUUUAUGAGAUGUGCAAUAUCAGUCCGGUAGUGUACUGAUUAGUACGUUUCAAAAGUAUACCGAUUAUCACUAAUUAACAAUGAGUUUCUUUUGUUUGUAAAAAAAGAGAGAAAGUGUGUGUGUGUGUGUGUGUGUGCGUGUGUGUGUAGAAAUGUUAAUAGCGUAAAAAAAUGGAAUUUAGAUAAGAUUCCUAUUACCUGAAAAUCGGAGUGAUACAACAGAUAUCGUGUAAAUAUAAAGUUAUGUACUACCUAAUGGUUACUGUAAUUUAAACAGAUUAAAGCUUUUGAAUGUA